CAUACCUUUGAUAAACAAGUUUAAUAACUAGAAAAUUAUCAUGGCAGGUAUUGUUUCAAUGAGGUGUCAAGUUGCAGUGAUGCUACUUUUGGCUGUGGCAUUAGGAACUCAUGUGAAAAUGGGUGAGGCACAGAGUAAUAGUUGUCCAGUUCAGCUUACCAAUCUGAAUGUUUGUGCACCAUUUGUUGUGCCUGGUGCAUCCAACACUGACCCUAGUGCUGAUUGCUGCAAUGCACUUCAAGCAACCAACCGUGAUUGUCUCUGUAACACUCUUAGAAUCGCUUCUCAACUUACUUCUCAGUGCAACCUUCCAUCUUUUGGUUGCGUUCUGAAUUAGAGCAUGGUGACGUGACAUGAAGAAUAAAGGGUUGAGAGAAGCUCACCCGUCUAGUUUGGUGACUUUGUCUUGAAUGUUUUGUGAUAUUAUUAUCACCUGAUGUAAUCUUUGCUAUGAAAUAAAGAAAGUUGUGAUUUUCCUUC